AUGGAGUUCAUAUCAGAGUCGGUUGCUGGAACUACUAACCCAUGGAUUAUACAAGGGGAUUUCAACGUCGCCUUAACGGAACAGGAGCACUCGCGGUUCACGGAUACUAGGCCUGAUCGAAGCUCUAUUAGAGACUUCCAAAAUGUGGUCCUCUUGUGUGAUAUGGUGGAUCUUGCUCAGGUUGGCCCCUGCUACACCUGGUCAAAUAGCCAAUACGAUAACCCCAUCAGCAAGAAACUGGAUCGAGUCAUGGUUAACAGCUACUGGUUACAAGCUUUUCCACAAUCUUAUGCCACAUUUGAGUCUGGUGGUGUCUCAGAUCAUCUCUGUAUGCAUGUUUUACUUAGAGAGGCGCCUCAGGGUAAUAUGAAGCCUUUCAAGUUCUUUACUCACACUACUUCUCACCCUCGAUUUCUUGAAGUUGUGGACCGCAUUUGGAAUCAGACAGCUCCUCUUUAUCACUCUCGAUCUGCUCUCCAGCUAUUCCACGAGAAGCUUAAGUCGUUAAAGUUUGAGUUGAGGGGCCUAAACAGGGAUAUGUGUGGCGACCUCCCAGGAAGGGUGGCUACGUUUGAAGCGGCUUCUGACGCUUGGGAGCAUUGGCACCAUAUCUUCGGACUUGAAGAGCAAUUCUUUUAUCAAAAGUCUAGGGUCCAGUGGCUUAGACUAGGCGAUCACAACUCCAGAUUUUUCCACAAGGUUACUCAAAGCAGGAACGUGCGAAACACAAUCAGAUGCAUAGUUACUGCAGAUGGUCGAAUCCUCACUUCUCUCCCUGAUAUCAAGAGCGAAGCAGUCACACAUUUUGAGACCUUUCUAAAUGGGACCCAGGAGACUGAUAUGGCGGUCUCUCAAGAUCUACUCUGCGGCCUAGUAACUUACAGAUGCUUCUACGAAGAUGCGGCGACACUUAUGAAACCAGUUCUGGAGGCCGAGAUCAAAGAAACCAUCUUCUCCAUGCGUACGAACAAAGCACCAGGGCCAGACUGGUACCCUGUGGAAUUUUAUAAAGCUGCUUGGUCUGUGAUUGGGAAGGAUGUUGUCGCAGCUGUUCAAUCUUUCUUCAUCUUUGGUUUCAUGCCUCAUAGCAUCAAUGCCACCUUGUUAUCUCUUGUCCCCAAGACUCCAGAUGUUGAGAAGCUAAGUGACUAUAGAGUGAUCGCCUGCUGCAAUCUCAUCUAUAAGCCAUCGGUAACCUCCCGGUCUGCCAUCAAACUAGACAUAUCCAAAGCUUUUGACACCAUCAUCUGGUCUUUCAUCGAGGAAACUCUGUGUGCUAUGAACUACCCUGAUUUGUUCGUCACGUGGAUCAUGAGAUGCAUCAACACAGCAGCCUUCUCGGUCUCGCAACGUCUCUCAAAGCUACUUAACAAAGCAGUCGGUGAUGGAGCAAUUGGAUAUCAUCCAAAGUGUACGGAGGUUAACUUAUAUCACUUAAGUUUUGCUGAUGAUAUAGUCAUUUUUACUGAUGGUACUCCGGAGUCACUUAGAGGAACGCUACAAGUAUUUGAGGAAUUUACCUCUAUGUCAGGACUGAGGAUAAAUGUAGCAAAGUCGACUGUGUUUGCAGCUGGUCGGGGAAAGCAGGCUCUUGAAAACGAGGCGGCUGUGGCGGGACUUUCACUCUCCGCUCUGCCUAUCAAGUACCUCGGACUCCCGCUCACCACAAAGAUCAUGACAAGGAAUGAUUAUGAGCCGCUAAUUAGCUCUGCUUUCUGCCUGCCGCAAGCUUGCAUUGAUGAAAUAGAGAGCAUGUGUUCUGCGUUCUUGUGGAGUGGUUCCCCAAAAAACACUGCUUGUGCAAAAAAUUGUUGGGAGGAGGUCUGUGUUCCAUUUGACGAAGGAGGCCUGGGUAUCAGACGCCUCAAAGAAGUUGGUAUUGUGUUUGUUCUGAAGCUCAUUUGGAGACUCUUCUCUCAACCUUCAUCGUUAUGGGUUGUCUGGGUGAAAUGUUACUUACUUAAGCAGGAGACGCUAUGGGAUGUCAAAGAAAAUGUGGCUGGUUCUUGGGUCUGGAGGAAACUCUUGCAGCAUCGAUCUUUAGCCCAGCAAUUUGUUCGCAUGGAUAUUAAUGAUGGUCGUACAGUAAGAUUCUGGUCGAACUUAUGGCACCCUCGUGGUCGGCUGAUUGAUAUCACCGGUGAGAUAGGUACCUAG